AUGAGGUUGACGAGGAUCUACAUCGUCCGUCACGGAGAAACAGACGCAAACAAGCAGGGGAUAAUUCAAGGGCAUCUGGACACCUUGCUUAACGAUGAAGGCCGCCGUCAGGCUCAUAUGGUCGCGAAUGCGCUCAGCCAAGUGCGUUUCUCAGAAGCGUUUGCCAGCGAUCUAGCUCGUGCAUCCGAAACCGGUGCGAUAAUUCUGGGGCAAAAUACCAACGAAGUGAAGCCUGAAUUGAAGAAGCAGGAUGCAUUGAGAGAAAGAUUCAUGGGCGAGCUUCAAGGCCAAGUCGUGCUAGAUCCCCACAACAUUGCACCUCAGUCCGCUGAAAGUUCGCUCGACUUCGCUUCCCGCGCAACGAAGUGGUGGAAAGAGACGAUAGAGAGAUAUAUACAGUCAUCAACGGCACACCAUGGAAACGUGACAGCUGACCCAGCGUCCGGGGAGAGCGCAGAGCUGCCGACGGAGAAUGUUCUGGUCGUGAGCCACGGGGGGUUCAUCGGCGUACUCCUGAGGAACUUGAUAGGAAGCCACAAAGUCAAGUGCAAGGAUGGAGUACAUCUAGGGCCUUGCCUGAAUACCUCGGUGACGAUAAUCGAGAUGACCCAUGAAACAGGAUCAGUCAUCCAGUAUGGCGAUGUAUCGCACCUCGUUGCGGAGGCUGUUGCAAUCAAUGUAGAUGAGCUAUAG